UGCGAGUGGCUUACUGCUGGCUACAGAUGUGGCCGCAAGAGGUUUGGACAUACCAGCUGUUGAGCAUGUGAUUCACUAUCAAGUUCCGAAGGACCUUGAUGUAAGUACGUCUUUACAUUCACCGCAGUAGACGGACAGCUAGAGCAAGCAGGGAGGGUCUGAGUGUCGUUCUUGUUGGCCCAGAAGAAAUGGGAUCAUACAAGAAAAUUAUGAAGGCGCUUAAUGGAGGUGGAUAGUUCAGGCGAUGAAGAACCCACUUCGAGAUUCUGCUGCAAGUACAAAAAGGAGAACAAGCGUGUUCGGCAUGAUGACAACUGUGACAAGACUACAGGCAAAAUACCUCAUGAGAAAACCGCUGUGGUUGAGAAAGUAAACUUGACGCUCAUUGAUUCGCCAGUCAAAAGGGUGUGUGUGGAUAUUGAGACGAGCGACAGCGAUGAGUGCCUUUUCAAACCAGUCUUUGCAUCAGAAAAAAAUGUGGCUGAAAAGGUAAAUAAGAAAGUGCUGACACACCAGUUGAACGACUCCAGCGAUAGCAGUGAAGACGAACAAGGAACUGAUUACUUGAACGACGACCCAAUGUUUCCCAUCUACCGACAGGGAUUGCUUACGGGUUUGGCUUCCAGGAAAGUGGUAGAUAUCCUCUUCCAUCCGCCUCGAGAACUUAUUGCACGUGCUGUUCCUUCCGCUGUCUCCGAAAAUUCUGUCUUUGUGGUGGAAAUAUCUGCCCCACACAUAAAGCACUUUAAAAAUGUUCUGGCGACGACCUUGGUGCAUGGAAUCCAACUGGAACGAAACAGCGAUGUAUUAUAGUAUCAUAUACUAUAUAGUAUAUAGUAUGAUACUACCGUGCUUCCAACAAGAGGAAUCCUGUUCGUAAGCCUUCCCAAUCAGAAUAUGAUGAUCAUGAGGCACAGGUCUAUAAAUGUACGAGAAGCUUCUACAGGAAUGAAUCCUCCCCCGAUUUGCAAAGGAUUUUCAUUUAUCUGACAGAUUCCAACGGAACGAUUCACGGUUUUGCUCUUCUGCAAUAUGUUUUUGAUGAUAAUGAACACGAAGUUAAAGUUAAACCACAUGGAAAUUCUAAAAGUCUUUCCAAAGAGUAUUACCGCACUUCGCAUACUACCAUGGAGCGGUUAAAAGAGCUCGCGAAAUCUGACCCUCCCAAGACGGUGUUUUUCAAGAGUAUCGAAGAAAAGGGAACAAGUUCAAACUUUAUAAACGCAGCUAGCCAUGCCAGAAACGUACAACAGAUAAAGAACAUUAAAAAAACCAUGGAAGAGCAACCUGGGGAUUCUACACUCGAGCUGAUAGACAUGCGAAGCAAGGAAACAGAGACAAAGAGAACGCCUUCGUCCGUAAAGUAGAGACCUCGUCAGAUCCUUGUGUUGUCCUAACCACUGACCAGCAACUUAAGGGCGUGGAAAGAUUUUGCACAAAUCCUAGCCAGUUCAGUAUUUUAGGAGUCGAUCCCAUUUUCAAUUUUUGGAGACUAUUAUGUGACUCUUACUACAUACAGGCAUCUCCUUCUCCGAACCAAAGAAGACAAGAAUCCAGUCCGGAUUGGACCAACCCUAGUUCACCACAAAAAAGAACCAUCCAGAUAUUACGAGCUCUCGUCUACCAUGAUAAAGCUAAAUGCAAAAACCCAAAAUGUUCUAGUAUAUGGUACUGACGGAGAAAAGGCAUUGGGUGAGGGUUUCGGUAGACCUCUCCCUUAUGCCCAGCAUUUACUCUGUGACCUGCAUAUGAAAGAAAACAUAGUGUCAAAAAUGAACGAACUUGGAAUACGGGGCAAACCAUCAGAAGUCAUUCUAAGUGACAUCUUCGGAGGAGAUAUUGGUUGUAAGAGGGUUCCUGGUCUUAUAGACUCGGAAAGCCACGCCCAGUUCGUGACCAAUCUGGAAAAAAAUGAAGGAGGAGUGGCUUUCCUUACACCCACUCUCAGAGCGCUUUGUUACUUACUUUUGUAAGUACAAAGCCGAAAUUAUAAGGCAAACGAUGACAGCUGAAUUGAGAUCCAUGGCUGGUCUAGGCUGGCCACCAGUGUAUACGAUCAGAACGGAAAUGAAUGUAUGAACUCGGUUCUACAAAGAGAGAAACAACUUACAAGGAAAAGGAAGCUUUCUAUUCCCGAAUUUGCCAGGUUGCUGCAGACGGUGGUGAAAAGACAGAGAACAGAAGAGGAUUUAGCAUUUAUUGGCUCGGAGAGCUAAAAAUGGACAAAAAUUACGAGGAAGAGGGAAUGAAGGAAUCUGUCUUUUACAGGAAGGCGAGAGCGCAACAAGAAGCGGCGCUCAAAAAAUUUCACAAUCUCUCAGUAAAGACAGUUGACAUAAUUCUUAUCGACCUGGAAAACACAAAUGAAGCGGACACAAUGUCACCAUUGAGUUUGCCUCUAGAAGAUUUUGGCAUUAUCCGGGUUCCCUUCAGUAUUCUAGCACGUAUGUACCAUCGUGCAUCGUUGAUUUUGGCGCGCAAAGAAGAAAAUAUUCAUCCCGAUCCUGGAAGAGGGGACAAUUUGCCACGUUAUGUGGCAAACGAGGCAAUUGAUGCUCCAUCGUAUGCAGUUUGCAAGAAACGUACCGUGCGACGUGGAACAUAUUAUGUGUGCAGCGGCACUUGUAUCGAUUUUAAAGCGUAUGACAUUUGUGCUCAUACUUUAGCUGUGGCUGAAAUGGGUCGUUCAUUGACUGAGUUCGUUCAUUGUUACAAGACAACGAACCAAAGGCCUCCUAACGUGGAUGCCUUGAUUCACAUGGACCUCCCUCCUGGACGUGGGUCAAAAAAGACCAAGGCAACACAAAGAAGGAAAGGUGCUACAAAUAAAAAAAGAGAGGAAGUUGUGGAGAGUUACACUAACACCUCUCCAACUGACCAAUCAGCAUCGAAUCCGGCGUCGACUUUAGUAAGAUCCUCAGGAAACAGAGGCACAGAGAAGGAAGCAGAGAAGACAACAACACAAAAAGACACAGAAGAGCCUCAGAAUAAUAGCCCCAACACAUCAACGCCGGCAGUUCAAGAAGGUAGUUUCCAGUUGAGCCUUCUUAAAAGAUGCAGCCCUCUGGUGAGAAGGUGUUACGGGUGUAAGGGUGUCUUGAAACUAAGGCGUGGUGAAGACUUUUUUAUUCCCAACCCACCAGAAGACCUCGUCAUAAUAUCAAGCACCAGACGGGCCUAUUGGCAGAAUGGAGAGCAAAAGACUGGACGAUUAGGAAACGUACACUUCCAUUGUAAGGUUGAGUGCGUCCAAAAACUGCAGCCUCAAUUUAUUCCCUUCUUGGUGAUCAUUUCGGCGGCAGUUAAGCGUGAAUUACUCGAAGUUCAUCGAAAUCAUAUACAGAAAGAGCUAGGUCUCUAGAGUACAUAUGGGGGAAAAAAAUGCCAAAUUCAGGAAAUGAUAAAUUCUCACCAUUUAUUAAUAUGUGACUGUCACUGUUUUGUUUGAAAUCCGUGAGGGCGGGAGUGGGAUGGAUAUUUUUUUGGAAUUAUGAAAUCUAUGCUACAAAUGCUUUAUUACAAUGCUUAAUUAAGAAAGUUCUUCAUUUCACUGUCAAUUUUUUUAGCGUCCAAUAAAUUUUCCGUUUAAUGUUUUUAAUUGCUCUUAUUCAUGAUGACGUCAGGGCUUGUUUAUGAGGGGGAAAGAAUCGUCUAGAACGAUAGAAAUUAGUUUAAAACUCGCUCUGGUAAGAAAUGUUUUAACUCAAAUGGCCUGGGACUCAAAUAUGAGAUGCACCAAUGUUUAAUAAGCAAUAUUUAUUGCACUUGAUGGCUGUCACCGCUUUUCUUUGGUCUAUAAAACGAGUUUUAUAUCAAUUUUUUUUGUGUUGUUGCUGUUUUGUCCCCCUCCCGCGACCAUGAUUCUUUGCGUUUAAACAAUAGAUUGUUUUGAUGUGACGUCAUUAUGAAUAAGGGCAAUUCAGACCUCGUUACUGGGAUACCUGUGGUAGCCCAGUCAUAAAAUGCCUUUGUUUUUUUUGUUUUUUACUGGGAUACCUGUCAAAAUACUUAUAGACGCAUACACAAGUCGUAUUGUUCGCGGCCAAUCCACAUAAAAAGAUGUUAUUGAGCGGUAACUUUGGAUCGGACAGAAUCGCGAACGCUUGAAAGCCAUGAAAGCAUUGAAUGCCUUGUAUGUUUUGUAUGCCAAGUAUGCCAAUGUCUUAGUUGAAAACGUAAACUCGUUGUAAAAAGCAAAAUCUGAAAUCUGAAACCAAACUGCAUAUACUCUAUGCAAUCUAUUGAACAACACUACUACCGUGAGACUGAAGAACAUAACUAUAAUGGAUGCAAACUGCUUGUGAAGAAAGACGACAUGUUGGAUUCACUUGAUGGCAAGAAACGUAGUUACGAUAACAGUACGAAUGGUAUUAAUUUCACGAUUAGAAAGGUGAAUCUUAUGUUCGUUUUCAUUGUAGUUGUAUGGACAUUCUUUUUUAAUAAAUAAGUGAUCCAAAACCCUGUGUUUUUUUAUGUAUAAUGUUAUUAUGUUAAAUAUUGUUUACGCAAUUGUCUUGUCACAGGCGGCCCAAGCUCACGUCUCGAGAAAAAGCCAACGAUUAAUUCAUGAACGCGUCACGCGUUGUGUGACUCGGUGUUAAGUUACGAGAGGAACUGUUGGAAAUUUGAACACGUUAUAAGGAAUAGUAUAGGGAACGAAGUAUGGUCGAUUUACAACGAUAAAUAUUUCGAAAUAUGAACAUUUUUCUCGUAAAAUCAAUAAAAAUUACUCAUACCCUG